AUGGAAAUAGAUGCCCGUUUUCGCUACUAUUUCCAGCACCCGUGGUCGCGCCUCAUCGUGGCCUACCUCGUCACCUUCUUCAACUUCCUCAUCUUCGCCGAGGACCCCAUCUCGCACAGUCAGACGGAGGCCCAUAUGAUUGUGGUGGGCAACUGCUUCUCCUUCCUGUUCAACAAGUACCUGGGCCUCGGCUGGAACAUCCUGAAAGUAGUGUGCUGGAUACUGGCCAUAAUCACUGGCCUGUUAGCCGGGAAGUUUAUAUUCCACCGCCAGCUUUUUGGUCGAUACCUGCGCCUGAAAAUGUUCCGCGAGGAUCAUGGCUCCUGGAUGACCAUGUUCUUCAGCACCAUCCUCUUCCUGUUCAUCUUCUCACACAUCUACAACCUUUUCCUGCUGAUGGCUGGGAGCAUGAAGCCUCACAUGGUGACAGAGUACAUGGGCAUCAGGAAUGAGAGCUUUAUGAAGAUCGCAGCAGUGGGGACGUGGAUGGGAGACUUUGUCACCGCAUGGAUGGUGACAGAUAUGAUGCUCCAGGAUCAGCACUACCCAGACUGGGGCAAAGCAGCCAGAAGGUUCUGGAAACAAGGCAACAACAGGAUCGUUCUCUUCUGGACAGUGCUCAUCUCUCUUACGUCAGUGGUGGUUCUGGUCAUCAGUACCGACUGGAUCAGCUGGGACAACCUGAAUCGAGGCUUCCUGCCCAGCGACGAGGUCUCCAGAGCCUUCCUGGCCUCCUUCAUUUUGGUCUUCGACCUUCUCAUUGUCAUGCAGGACUGGGAGUUCCCUCACUUCAUGGGUGACCUGGAUAUGAAUCUACCAGGAAUGUCAACGACACACGUGAAGGUCAAGCUUCCUGUCUGCAAGCGUAUCUUUAAAGAGGAGUACCACAUUCAUAUCACAGGUAAGUGGUUCAACUACGGCAUCAUCUUCCUUGUGCUGAUUUUGGACCUCAACAUGUGGAAGAACCAGAUCUUCUACAAGCCCUAUGAGUACGGUCAGUACGUCGGGCCUGGUGAGAAGAUCUACACGGUGGAAGAGCCAGAAACACUCGUUAACUUCAAUCACAGCACGCUCACCUACGAGUGGCGCUCUACCAACAUCGACCCCAACACCAACUCAACCUACGUGGAGCGGGACAUGUUCCUCCACAGCCGCUACAUCGGAGCCAGCCUGGACGUCAAGUGCCUGGCCUUCAUCCCGAGCCUGGCGGCGUUCGUCCUCUUCGGGUUCUUCAUCUGGCUGUUCGGCCGAUUUCAGGACAGCGAGACCUUCACGGAAAACCAAGACAAGACGUAUGAGAGGAUCAAGAGGAAGUCGCCGUCGGAGUACAGCAAGGAGAUGGGCGUGACGCCAGAGGAGACGCACGUGACCAUGAGCGAUAGUCUGAGACGAUCGGGAACGCCCAUGCUGCUCUCGGUGGAUGGGCCAAACUUUGGAGCGACGCCCUCGACGAACUCCACCAUCUCCAUGGAGACCCAAGAGACACAUCCGAGCAUUGUGAUUGACGCUGCAGAGCAGGAGGAACCAGCAGUCUCUUUUGAUGUCCACAAGCUCUCUCCGUGACCUUCCGAAACUUUUUUGAACUAUAUGACUGCGAACACGUUCUCAAGAUGUAGUUCGUCAAGUUGUUGCUUCUCCUGGAAUAAGACCAAGCUGCACCAGACGUUGAACACAGCUGUUCGUGAGAUUCGGGAAAACGACAAAGUGAUGUCACAUGAUCGCCAAGCCAGUCCUGAUGGCUGUUGCAGUUGUUUGAAUAUAUUUUUAUAAAACAGUCUUUUUAAAUGCUUCUAAAACGGCGCAAAUUCUGAACGAACAUGUCUUUUACAACAUAAUGCAAACUUCUAAUUGACUUGGUGCUCGCUCGGAUUUUGCAUUUUCAUAAUUCACUUUUGUCAUGGUAAACUAUUUUGGUGCCUAUAUCGGAGGAGUAUUUCUACAGUCGUGACACUGUGGUCAGGUGGAUUUUACUGUGUCACGCCAUGGUUACAGCUAAACUAGUGCCUUGAUAUUUCA